GUGGUGGUGGAGAAAUAGCGCUCGACCCAGCGGGACUGGCCAGCCAGCAGGGAGGAACCAGCCGGCGGCUCUCCAGAGCCGUGGCGGGGAAAGGAGACGGCUGUCGUGUAACUGAGCGAAAGCGAGGCGGGGCCGCGCCUCUGACGAUCAGGAAAGGCGGGAUCAGAGCCGGGAAUAGCCUCAGCUGCCUUUGACAAGCGGGAGGAGACCAGCUAGCCUGCAGGGAGCAGGUGGACGGAGCACAGCGCUGAUGGAGCCCACCGCGUCUGGCAGAGGGGGCGAGGACGAGGGAGAUUAGCGGGACGGGCGGCGGCAGAGGAGGAAAAGGAGGGCACGGCUACCGCCGCAGUGAGAGACCGCCGGCGAGCGAGCGAAGCAGAGGGCAAGGCGGGAGCAGGGAAGGGAAGCGGAGCCGGAUCCUGGUGCGGGAGGAUGGGUAACGCCGACUCCAAGCUCAACUUCAGGAAGGCUGUGAUCCAGCUCACCACUAAGACCCAGCCCGUAGAGGCCACAGACGAUGCCUUCUGGGACCAGUUCUGGGCAGAUACGGCUACUUCAGUUCAGGAUGUCUUUGCUCUAGUUCCAGCUGCAGAAAUCAGAGCUGUGAGGGAAGAAUCUCCUUCAAAUUUGGCUACUUUGUGUUACAAGGCUGUGGAAAAACUAGUGCAGGGUGCGGAGAGUGGCUGUCACUCUGAGAAAGAAAAGCAGAUUGUCCUGAAUUGCAGCCGUCUCUUGACCCGCAUCCUACCGUAUAUAUUUGAAGAUCCCGAUUGGAGAGGUUUCUUCUGGUCAACUGUUCCAGGGGCGGGGCGAGGAGGGGGAGAUGAAGAUGAUGAAAAUGCUAGACCACUGGCUGAGUCACUGCUUCUAGCUGUUGCAGAUCUGCUCUUCUGUCCAGAAUUCACUGUCCAGAGCCAUCGAAAAAACAAUGUGGACACAGCUGAAGAUAUCCAUGCAAUUGAUAGUUGUGAAUACAUCUGGGAGGCUGGUGUUGGAUUUGCUCAUUCACCGUCACCCAACUUCAGUCAUGAUUUAAAUAGGACAGAGCUACUGAAACUUUUGCUGACCUGUUUCUCAGAGGUCAUGUACUUGCCUCCCUCCUCUGAGAGCAGCAACACUAAUCCUUGGGUCCAGUUCUUCUGUUCUACAGAGAACAGGCAUGCCCUACCGCUUUUUACUUCCCUCUUGAAUAUCGUCUGUGCUUACGAUCCAGUGGGUUAUGGGAUCCCCUAUAACCACUUGCUCUUCUCGGACUAUCGUGAACCAUUGGUGGAGCAGGCCGCUCAAGUCCUUAUCGUCACAUUGGACUAUGACACUUCUACCAGCUCCAGUCCCACAGUAGAUGGCACUACCACUGGAACAGUCAUGGAUGAUACCGAUCCUCCAGGACCAGACAACCUGUUUGUCAAUUACCUGUCCAGGAUACACAGAGAAGAGGAUUUCCAGUUUGUUUUGAAAGGAGUGGCUCGUCUGCUCUCCAACCCUCUGGUCCAAACCUACCUGCCAAAUUCUACUAAAAGGAUCCAGUUCCAUCAAGAGCUCCUGGUUCUCUUCUGGAAACUCUGUGAUUUCAACAAGAAAUUUCUCUUCUUUGUUCUGAAAAGCAGUGACGUUUUAGAUAUCCUGGUGCCAAUCCUCUAUUUCCUUAAUGAUGCUAGAGCAGAUCAAUCUCGAGUUGGUCUUAUGCAUAUUGGUGUCUUCAUCUUAUUGCUGCUGAGCGGGGAAAGAAAUUUUGGUGUCCGCCUCAACAAGCCAUAUUCUGUACGAGUACCGAUGGAUAUUCCUGUCUUUACGGGGACACAUGCUGAUCUUCUCAUCAUUGUUUUUCAUAAGAUCAUCACUAGUGGACAUCAGCGGUUGCAGCCCCUGUUUGACUGCCUCCUUACCAUCAUAGUGAAUGUAUCUCCAUACUUGAAGUCUCUUUCCAUGGUAGCAGCUAAUAAAUUGCUGCAUCUAUUGGAAGCAUUUUCAACUACUUGGUUUCUUUUCUCCAUGGUCCAAAACCAUCACCUUGUCUUCUUUUUGUUGGAAGUCUUCAACAAUAUCAUCCAGUACCAGUUUGAUGGAAAUUCCAAUUUGGUAUACGCCAUUAUUCGCAAGCGAAAUGUAUUUCAUCAGCUGGCCAAUCUACCUACUGACUUGCAGUCUAUCCAGAAAGCUUUGCAACGCAAAAAGAAAGCUCCUGAGCCCAUCUCUCGUACCAACUCUCAGGAGGCGAUGUCCAUGGAAGGGUCACGACCUGCUGCACCUGCAGAACCUGGAACACUAAAGGCCAGCCUAGUAGCAACCCCAGGCAUUGACAAACUCACAGAGAAAUCUCAGGUGUCAGAGGAUGGGACCAUGCGCUCCCUAGAGCCAGAGUCCUCUCAGUCUCCAGCAGAAGAAAGCCCACCAGGCAUGGCUGGUGAUACUGAAACUUGGAACAUGGAGUCCUCACAAUCCAGACGGGAUCGACGACGUCUGUCCAGCACAUCCUCAGUUAGGCAGUGGAAUCCAACUUCUGAGUGGGUGGUGUCUUGGAAAUCAAAAUUGCCCCUGCAGACAAUCAUGAGGCUGUUGCAGGUCCUGGUUCCCCAGGUAGAGAAGAUUUGUAUUGACAAGGGCCUUACAGAUGAAUCUGAGAUUCUGAAAUUCUUGCAACAUGGCACAUUGGUGGGGCUCCUUCCUGUCCCUCAUCCCAUCCUGAUCCGGAAAUACCAGGCUAAUUCUGGUACCGCUAUGUGGUUCCGCACUUACAUGUGGGGAGUUAUAUAUCUGAGGAACGUGGAUCCACCUAUCUGGUAUGACACGGAUGUAAAGCUGUUUGAAAUUCAGCGUGUUUGAGGAACGCAACUUGCCUCCGGUUGAGUAGAAACACUGGAAACAAGGAUCUUGCUAUGCGCUUGUUCAUCACAGCUCUUUCUUCAUUUCACUGCCUCCUGCAUGUUCUAGAGGACAAUCACAGCCAUUUCCCUUCCACUUUUAAAACUCUGCAGCCCUUCCUAACUUUGCCCACCCCCCCAAGAAAAGGUGCGAUGGAAAGUUGUUGAAGGAAUGGCCAUCUUUAGGAAUCAUACUGAAAACCAAACAAGAGUUUAAUCAAACCUUCCCCAUGCUUUUUGGUGCAAUUUUGAAUCUGACUAGCUAGAGAAACCAUCUUUUCACUCCCUGGUCAGAUUCAGCCUUUACGUAGAAAGACAGUGAAUGUAAAGAAUUAGAAAGUGGACCAGUGAAAGAAGCUCAACUGCAAGAAGUAGCUUUGUGGUUCUUUUCCAAAGAAUGUAGGCUCUCAGCCCUUCCUUUCCAAUCCUCUGUUCCCAGGGCCCCAACUGUUUUAUUGCAUUGUACGAGGGACGAGAAGGAGUUUCCUUUAGGAGAUGACUGUUGACCCAACAGUCUACUUAUUUAUGUUACUUCAGGAAAAACUUUUUGGUUUUGUUCAUUCUUCCCUGUGAAAAUGUGCUUAAUUCCUUUGUCCUGAUGUUGUUAUGGAACAUUCAAAUUCCGUUUUUGUUUGUUUUUCCAACCUUGUAGGAACGCCUUUUAAAUAUCGAUAUGUGUCUUAAAUACAUUUCACAUUUUAAAGUUGGUGUUUAUUGCAAGAAUUGUUUCUGGAAAAAAUACUGUGGGACAUUUUGAGAGAUGAGGAAACGGCUUGGGCACAUGCUAUUUUCAGGGAUUUAGAAAUUAUUGUGUGGGAUUUUUUAAAAAAAAUGUAUUGAAAUGAGCAGUCAGACUGCUGGAAUGGAGUUUUAUUCUCUAGAUAGUCACAUAGUGUGGCUUGUAUUCUAAGUUGGUUAAUUAAACUAUAAUUGAUGUAAAGUAAAACAAAUUUUCCUGCUUAUAAAUUUUCAGCAUGGCCUUGCAGGAUCCAGUAGCAUCAUAUUAGUGUAAGUGUGUUUUGCUCAACACUAAGGAUGGCAAGUAUGUUAUCUCCUUCUUGCCAGUUUUUAUUUGAGCCUUAACCAGAGAAUCUGAAAUAUGAGAGGCUGUUUUGACAUAGCCCUUUUUAUAAAAACUUGUCUUUUUUCAUACCUGACAUUAAACAAAUAUUGUCACCUUGUGGCAUAGGAAAGUGCAACUUAAACUUGUAAAAUUAAUUCUAAAUGCAGUUUGUUUUUUUCUGCUCAAGAAAGAGUUUUCAAUUUUUUUUAUUACAAUAAAGUGAGCAAAUUGUAGGUACAGUUGGAGAUUAGACUGGAUAAAUAAGAAGAUCAUUGUUAUUCCUUUUUGACAUUUCUUCCUUUGACAUUUUCAUUUCAUGUCCUCCUCAUUAACAAAAACCUGUAUUUAAUUCUUAUUACAUGCUGAUAGAAAGAAAUGAAGAUUAUAUUUUCCUUUGAAUGUCUUUAGCGAUGCUCACUUAAGGUUCUGAUGAAUUGCACCAUAUUUCUAUCUCACUACAGAGUAAAGAUUCUUGUAAGUAUACACUCAUCCAUGUCAUUCACCUGUAUACACAAACACUCCCAUAUAUGUGUGUAUGCACACUUCUGUGAUGCUCCGAUAUUUUAUUGUAUAUUAAUGUGUGGUGUUUUUUUUUUUUUUUGUGAAUUUACCUUGACUUUUUCUUUCUUUAGAAUGGCAUCUCUGCUCUUUGUUCCCUGAAGAAUCAAAAUUGCACUAUAAACUAUUUACUUUACGUAUGGAGAUAAAAUUAUCUUAAACACUGUAGCUGGCUUUAUAUCACAAGAGAUUUAUUAGCUUAUUUGUGUUACUGUUUGAUUUAUGAUGCUGUGGCAUUCUCUGCAACAUGUACCUUUCCAUUAAAGGCAUGGCUGCAGAGGAACUCUUGGAUCGAUAUUUUACUGUUCAGUAUCUGAAAGAACAAUGGUGUGGCACAUUUUACACUAGCACAUUUGCUGGUGAGAAGAAGGGGAUAGGUGGACUGUACCUCAGAUUCUAGAUGACUUUGUGGAAUUAAAAUGUACAAAAUAAACGUACCUUCGAAGCAACAUGAAAUUUAAAGAAAUUAGCAUGAAUUUGCCAACUGUUGUGACUGAGAAAUGUGAUGCUUCUUUUUUUUCAGAAUUUGAAAGAUAUAUUUAGAUUCUGGGUAACUAGUUGGUCUGAGGGCCAUGGGUCGUGCAUCUGCUCCAGACUGCACCAGUCUUUAUUGCCAGAGCUUUAAACUUUUCAUUGCUUUUUCCUCAAAACCCAUCAACUUUCAGUAAGUUCCUUUGCUAGGACCUUGGGUUUCAACCUGUGAAGAAUGGGACAACCUUUUAAGAAGGCUAAUUUACUAAACUCUUAUUUCCUCUGGUAGCUUUUAUUGACGCAGAACAGAAUAAAACUAGCCAAAAUGCAAAAUUCCAACCACUAAGAACAUUUGUUCUUUGGGGUUUGAACCAACUUUGUCUUUGGAGCAGAAGUUUUCUGAAUGGAGCCUGAAUAAACUUCUUGCAGCCUAUUUUGACUUGGUUUUCUGAAGUAAGAGUUGUGAGAAAACCAAGCCCUGGACUCUAUCUCAGUAAUACUUAAAUGAUUUAUUUUACAGGAGAGCAAUAAAACAAGAAAUGUUUACACUUCCACCUGUUACCCUUUUAUCAAAGAGAAAGGUUUAGUUAUUACUAAAAGGUAGAUCACAAAGCUUGGAUCAGUUUUAAUCCCUUAUAUAAUCAAACAUCUAUAAUAACUUACAGGUGGUUUUUCAAUACAGUCUGUAUUUUUGUAUCCUGACCUGAACUCGGGGCGAAGCAACUAGAGCACAUAUAAUAAACCUGAGAAGUUUAGCUACUUAACAUCUUUAAGAGGUUGGAAGCUUAAUUAAUCAGUGGAACAACUUGCCUCCAGAAGUUGUGAAUGCUCCAACACUGGAAGUUUUUAAGAAGAUGUUGGAUAACCAUUUGUCUGAAGUGGUGUAGGGUUUCCUGCCCCCAAGCAGGAGUUGGACUAGAAGACCUCCAAGGUCCCUUCCAACUCUUACUAUUCUAAAUCAGCUUUUCAGAAUUCCCCACUGUUCUGCUUCUGCAUUUUUCAAUCAUUAGUAGUUCUGAUCAGAUCCUGAACUUGAUAUUUUAUUCUGCUUUAAUAUAUUUAUUCCUGUUCCAGUUUUUUUUUUUUUUGUUAUUUAGAUAUUUGGUGUGCAAGAUAAAUAAUGAAAGCAGGACUAUGUCUGACCUAUCUUAACUUAAAAUUCGUAUGGUCCUGGUUAACAAGGCAGCCUUGGAAGAAGCAAUCAUUUUAUCAUGGUGUGGGGAACAUUUGAGUAAGGCUGUCCAGUGCAGGGCAUGACUAUCCAAGUCCAGAUGGGUCUACUGGCAUGGUGUACAGCAGUAUCCUAAACAAAGUUGCUUGUUGAUUUAUAAGGAGAGGUCCUUGCUCUUUUCCACACUUUUAAAUCAUUUAAUAAAAAAAAUUGCAACAGAUCCAAGUUAUAAAGUUUGAAUUGUUCCAAAGUAUAUCAGCAAACUGAAUUUUUUUCUGAUUAUCUGCUUGAUAUCAAAGUUAUGUUUCAGUCUUCCUAAAUAUUACAUUUUCUGUUUUGUGCUUUAUUGCCUCUACUGAUGCGAAAUAUAAGACCAAUUGUCACAAACAUAUCCAGAAUGGCCUUGUAUUGUCACAUAUGCAUAAUAGACACAAUCUUUGUUUUGAUUGUAGAUGUAAAUAGAUGCAGCACCUGGGAUGUUUUCAUGCCUUUUCAAAAGACAUUGAUAGAAAUGUCCUUAACUUAAAAGUGGUCCAUUUCUCAGUCUCUGUUCAAUGAUUCAGCCAUAUCCAAGGAUUGAUGCAGUAAUAAAAAGUGACCAUUUUAUCCAAGGGAUUGCCAUGCUUAACAUACUGUAGUUUACCUCUCUUUCAAACGUGACAUUAGCCAUGUAUUCUUAAGGUUAAUAAUUGUUCAGCAUCACUGUAAUUAGGUUUUGUAAGUAAUGUGUACAGAAGAAAUCAAUCCUAUUAAGAGCUAUUAUGCAGAAAUGAACCUUCAGUGAUUAAUGGACUACUUACCGACAAGAUCAGUUUAUUCUUUCUGAUUAAAGAAUUAUUCAAAAUGAUAUCACAAA